AUCAACCACAACUUCCAACGAUUGUUCCAUCCUUUUUUAUUUAUAAACACACACAACUUUCCCAAUUUACAAAGCCUCAACUCACAAAAAUUAACAUCAUCCUCAAAGGCGAAACCACACAACCUUAAUUCAAUCAAAUUCGUUCAUGGGAGACCAACCAUCAUCAUCAUCGUCUUCGAGAACUGCUGAUUUCGAUGCUCCCCUUCAUUUAAUCGGAUUCGAGUAUGAAUAUUUGUCACCACAAAAAGUCUCUGGCCAUCUCCUUGUCACCCAUAAGUGCUGCCAGCCAUUUAAGGUGCUUCAUGGAGGGGUGUCAGCAUUAAUAGCAGAGUCUUUGGCAAGCGCAGGAGCACACAUGGCUUGUGGCUUUCAAAGAGUUGCUGGAAUUCAGCUUAGCAUCAACCAUUUGAAACCUGCAGUCAUGGGUGACUUGGUCCACGCAGAAGCUACCCCUUUAAGUGCCGGCAAAACCGUUCAGGUGUGGGAAGUGAGAAUCUGGAAGAUUGAUCCUUCAAACUCACAAAACAGAUCCUUGAUUUCAUCUUCUAGGGUAACUCUACUAAGCAAUAUGCCUGUCCCUGAUCAAGCAAAAGAUGCUGCUCUAGCGCUAAAGAAGUUUGCAAAACUCUAAAUAAUUCAUGAAAUUCAAAUUCUUCUUGAAUAAAAUUAUAUUAGACAUUCGGAUCAAUAUUCUAUUGCUUCAAGAUGUACACCAUGAUAGACAUUGUAGCUUACCUGUAAGUAAACUGGGAUUAAUAUACAAUAUCAUAUAGCAGAAAACUUUUUAAGGCCUCA